AUGGCUGUGUCGCGUUCCGAAACCCGAUUAGAGGAGUUUGUUUACUUCUCAGAUGUACUCGAGACAAACCUAAAAGUCGGCCUUCGUACUGGUCUUCUGACUCUGCUGGUAAUAGUCGGGUUAUGUGUAUACCUUAGACGCAAAGAUAAAUCCAAGGCUGAGAAACUACUCGUAGAAGAGUUUAAUUGCAAACCGGUCAUUGCAAGAGUACCAUACAAAUUGCCGUUUGCGCUUGACCUCCUUUUCCGCCAAUACAAGAUCUUUUUCAGCGACUACACCUUCGAACAGCUUACUCAAUAUUUCGAUAUUGCUGGAACCGCUAGGAUAGAGCUUUUCGGAGUAACCGGAUACUUUACAUCGGACCCAGAAAAUAUAGAGGCUAUACUCUCUACAAGAUUUGAGGAUUACGGUCUGGGAAGCCGUCGUCUUGCGAGCGCUCCUUUACUUGGAGAAGGCAUCUUCAGUCAAGAUGGCCCGGCUUGGAAACAUUCACGCGAGCUCAUUAAGCGGCAGUUUUCACGCGUCCAGAAGCAAACGAUCCGAGUAUUCGCACCUCAUGCAGAAAAGCUAGUCUUGGAACUCGACAAGGCUUCAGUUGGAACAAUAGUUGACUUGAAGCCAUUCCUCUUCGAAUACACUCUUAGUACAACCACAGAGCUUCUAUUUGGUGAACCGCACGAUAGCCUGUCAAAAGAGGAACAAGAGGCUGUGAGGUCAAACUUUGAUUAUGCUGCCACCGGUAUGGGAAUUCGUGUUCGACUGGCUGACUUGGCAGUUCUCUACAACCCUCCUGAAUUCAAGAAGGCCUGCAAGUCUGUCAAAGAUUGGGCUACCUUUUUCGCAAAGAAGGCAUUGAAGUAUAAGGACGAGUUUGGUGAGGAAAAGGCCUCCGAGAAAUACUCGUUCAUAAUUGAUCUCUGGAAGGAGAUGCAGGAUGAGCAGCUAGUAAGGGAUCAGUUACUACAUGUUCUGGUUGCUGGACGAGACUCAACAGCUGCUCUCUUGUGUUGGACGUUGUAA